UCAUAAGAAAGAAAAGGAAAGUUGAGAAGGAAAGAGUGAUAGAACUAGUCAAGGAGAGACACUGAACCGUGGGAAAAGCUUGACGAGAGGAACAGAGAGAGAAAGAUAAUGAACAAGCAGCGCAUGCCAUAGCCACGGCCCCCAACUUGCUCUAAACUCGUGCAGCCUGUCGCUGUCGGUCGAAUUUUAAUGGCGGCUCAUUCCGAUUCCCUGUUUAGUGUUAUUAUCAGCUAACGAAACGGUAUAUAUACUUUCUAUGCGUUAUCACAGGGAAUAAUAGUGAGUUCCAUCGAGUUUGAACAGCAAGUGUCUUGGUGUUUCGUCAGACGAGGACUAUAUUAAAGACCUGUAUCAAGGACAUAGUGCAUAUCCGCGAUGUGUCGUAGCGACUCUGGCGUACGAACAUUCCAUCAUGUAUAGUCGUGUUAUACGCUUUGGCUUUCUCAUGAGAAAGAUCAAUUCUACAUGACAAAUCGAACCUGUUUCAUUUUAUUUUAGUUCGGUGUACAUAGCAAUUUGUGUGAACCGUUGGUGAGAAAAAAGGGAAGUUAACACGAGCCGACUGAUGAUCGUAUCAGAUCGAGCGAAUUGUAGCUGCGAGCUUUUUUCACAGUGAAGACAAUUAUCGACAAGAAGUAAGAUAUCCUUGCCUUUAUGCGAAGACAGUGGUCUUAACUGUCAAGUGCAGCUAUGCUGCUUGCACUAAUGAAGGGCGGUGCGUGCAACGGUGUUACUCAAAAAGUGUGGAGCCAUCUGCCCUAGCCUGACAUCGUCGUCGAAAUGUUUUAGUAAUAGAAAUCGAGGUGCCAGGCAAUGUGCAUCAUGUCAGUGCCUGGAUACAUGUGUAAUUGGUAGUACUGUAUCAAUUAGACUUCUACCAGUGGGACGAAUACCCUUAUUAUACUUUCUAAGCUUCCUACCCUAGACUUGUACAUGCACAAACGCACACGCAUAGCGUGUGCGCACGUGCUUUGUCAACUAUUGUCUACACAACAUGAGAUUCUUGGGAUUUGUAUCAUUUCCCACUUCACCUAUCUUAGCUCCUAAACUGCUGCUAUCACUUCAUCGAUUAUCCUUUUCAUCCAUGUCUGUUGCUACCUGGUUCCUGGUGGUACUAGUAACUGCAGCAAUAGAUACACCUGCUAGUACUGUUCCACCUAUGCAAGAAAACAGAUCCUUACAGAUUGUAACACAAUUUCCAACGGGUGAUAGUCAAAGAUAUGGAUUUUACCCUCUAGAUCCAAAUACAACAAGAGAAGGUGUCCUUCGAUUUAAUCAUCUUACUAUAGAUCCUGCAACAGGAAGAUUGUAUGCAGGUGCCAUCAACAGACUUUUACAAUUAGAUUCUAAUCUCAGGCUGGAGGAAUAUGUUUCUACAGGACCAAGAUUGGAUAAUCCUCAGUGCCAUGCAACAGGCUGUCCUUCCAGAGACAUAACUACAUCUUUAAUGGAUAAUGUAAACAAAUUAUUAAUUGCUGAUCUUGAAUCGCAAACACUAAUCGCGUGUGGUUCCCUUCUUCAAGGUGCUUGUGAAAAGUACAAAAUGUCAAACAUAUCUAUCAAGCCGGAAUUCAUUCCCCAUAGUGUAGCAGCAAAUGAUGAAAACUCUUCUACAUAUGCUUUUAUCGGGCCCGAAAGAUACAAUGCUUGGGGACAAACGAAUAUACUCUAUGUCGGUACUACAUUCACUAACAGAGGAGAUUAUAGGCAUGAUGUGCCUGCCAUUUCCAGUAGAAAUCUGCACAAUUUAGAAUUCGCUGAGUAUACUUUCAAUAAACAGUCGAUCGUAUACAUUGACGUAAAAUACCGAGAUCAUUUCCUGGUUAAAUAUGUAUAUGGUUUCAAUGCCAGCGAUUACGCGUAUUUCGUAUUAGUACAAAAACAAUCUCAUCUUCCCGAGGAAGAAGAAAAAGGUUAUAUUUCUAGAUUGGCUCGAAGUUGUAUCAGCGAUCCGAAUUAUGAUAGUUAUACAGAAGUGACUUUGCAAUGUACGGUUAAUUUGGGAGAUGGAAAACCGCAAUCUUACAAUUUAGUGCAAGACGCGAAAGUUGCACCAGCUGGCAGUGAUAUAGCCAUGCAAUUAGGUAUUUCUGUUGGUGAUCCCAUUUUUGUUUCUGUAUUUUCGCCAAGUAGAGGAAUCACGAACGAACCGCUGUCGCGGUCAGCACUUUGUGUGUACAGUUUGCAAGAAAUUGAAACAAGAUUCGAUGAAAAUAUUCACAUGUGUUUUAAUGGUAGUACUAAAUAUAGAAACAUGGGUUACGUUAGUGGUCCUAUACAAGAUGGUAAAUGUCCUACAGCAGGAGUAAGUAUAACAUUUAAACGUUCUUUGUCACGUGAAAAUAUUACAACAGGUAAUAUUUUAAACUUUUGUGAAGUGGGUUUGAAAAUCUCCGGAAUGUCGCCGAUUGUAGGACAAGCAAUCCUACAUUUCCCCGACGAAUUUAUCACUUCUGUAACAAUAGCUAAUACAGAAAGUCACACUGUUGCGUUUUUGGGUACUAAUGACGGCUCUCUUAAGAAAGUUUUACUUUCUGGAAAUGAGGCAUUCGUUUACGAAAGUAUUGUAAUUGAUAAAGGAAAUAGGUUGAUGCCUGAUACUUUAAUCUCGCCCGAUGGAGAACAUAUUUACGUUUUGUCGAGUUCUAAAAUUUCCAAGGUGCAAGUUGAACAUUGCAGUAGUUAUACUAAUUGUAGUAGUUGUCUCGACGCGAAAGAUCCUUAUUGCGGAUGGUGUUCAUUGGAAAAAAGAUGUACAGUUAGAGGAGAUUGUCAAAAAGCGAGUCAUAGUAGUCCACGAUGGUUAUCUUUAGGUACCGGACAGCAGUGCAUCGAUUUUGAGCAAGUUCUUCCAGAUCGUAUGCCUAUCAAUCAAAUGACUACGGUUCACUUAACAAUCAGAACUUUACCCGAAUUGCCAGCAGGCGCAAAUUAUAAAUGUGUUUUUGGUAACGCGGAGCCUAUAGAUGCACUAAUGACCGGAUUUGGAUUGUCGUGUCCCACACCACCCGUGCUUGAAAGACCAAAUAUACCAGACGGAGCUGAUCAUGUUCUGGUACCUCUAUCCGUGCGUUCUAGUGAAACAAACAAAGAUUUUGUUUCACGGAAUUUUGCAUUUUUCGAUUGCUCUAGGCAUACUGUGUGCACAGAGUGUGUAAGAUCCCAAUGGGCCUGUAGUUGGUGUGUAUACGAUAAUAAAUGUACACAUAACACAAGCUGUCAAGGUAUCAUUUCGGGAGAAAACAAUCAAGCAAAUUUAGCGGCGCAUGGAGCACAAUACUGUCCAAGGUUUGUCCAACGUCAAGAACCAUUGAUGUUACCCAAUAGUGUACCCAAAGAAAUAGUGCUCGAGGUUGAGAAUUUACCACAUCCUCAAGUAGGACAUAGUGGUUUUCAAUGCAUCGUCUCGAUCGAAGGUGCCAAUUUAAAAGUACAGGCUCGUGUCGAUAGCAGUCGCUUUAUAGUUUGUGAUAAAACAGUUUACUCAUACGAGGCGGUCACUGGUGAAUACGAAGCAGAAGUAACGGUUGUUUGGAACAUCAACCAUCACGUGGAUAAGACCACAAUUAUCCUUUACAAGUGUGAAGUGUUGGGUUCACAUCGUGAGCACGCAGACUGUUCCCUUUGCGUGACUAGAGAUGCACGUUUCGAAUGUACUUGGUGCGGUAAUAGUUGCGUGUACCGACAUUCUUGCCUGCACUCGCCAUUUACCGAAUGUCCAAAGCCAAGGAUUGACAUGAUUAAACCUCUCAGUGGACCGAUAGAAGGUGGAACAUUGGUUACUAUCGAAGGUAGUAAUUUGGGACUGAAAGAAAGCGACGUAGAUGGAAAAAUACAUAUUGGUGACACACCGUGUACCUUAGUUGACUAUGAAGUGUCCGUGCGCAUUGUUUGCCGUACAGGAAGGCACGAGGCAACAGACACUGCUUCUGUGGUGGUUGGUAAUGAUGCUGGUUAUACUGAAAGCGCAGUAUUAUUUAAUUAUAAGGAUAUACGAUUGUCUGGUGUUUAUCCGUCGAUUGGUCCACAAAGUGGUGGUACGCAACUUGCCAUUACUGGAAUGUAUUUGAAUAUUGGUAGCACUAUCUCAGCUUAUCUGGACGAAUUACCGUGCCAUGUUAAUGCCACGCAAGCGAGUAGCACUAGACUGACUUGUGUGACAAGUAAAUCCGACCGAGUAAGAAGAAUCGACAGACUGACACUUAGUAUAGACGGUGCGAAUCGCACUCUAGUUGGUAAUCCCUAUAACUACACUCACGAUCCUACUAUUAUGGAGAUUAAGCCACUGACAAGUUUCGCUUCCGGUGGUCGCAUGAUCACUGUUCACGGCACCAAUCUAGAUACCAUCCAGAAACCUGAAAUGGAGGUUUAUUUCGAUAACGAACUACUGCCAGUAAAUAGGACUGUUUGUACAGUAUUAAACCCGACACAGAUGGAAUGCCCGAGUCCUAGCAUUGCCAAGCGUUUCAUGACUCUUCGACGUAACGAGCGUGCUACUAUCAAUGGUCAAAAUACACCUCCACAGUCAUUAAAAUUGAAGGAAUCUCAACUAUCCUUGAAAAUAGCAUUCAUUAUGGAUAAUGUAGAGAGUGUACGAGACUUGGAGAAACAUUUUAAGAGUCUCAGAAAUCGAUUGCUUUACGUGGAAGAUCCAAAAUUUUUAGCCUUUCCACGUAACAUUAAAUUGUAUAAAGGCGAUACGCUAGUUAUCGAGGGGGAAAAUUUGAUUUUUGCUAGCGACGAGUCGGACGUAAACGUUACUGUUGGAACAAUGCCGUGUAACGUGACUUCACUUGCUCUGACUCAAUUGGUUUGCAUUCCUCCCGAUCAACAACCAGCUGACACCGAUGAGCUUGGAAUUAAAACUGAAAAUGGUCUGCCCUUAGUGGUAGUACGCGUGGGUCGUAGCCUGAGAUUUCCUAUUGGUUAUUUGCGCUAUGAAGUGAUUAAAUCUUAUCCGAUCCCACCGGAGGCAAUAGCUGGAAUAGCUGCUGGUACUUUUGGUCUUGUGUUUUUAUUUGUUCUAGUAUUGAUAAUAUAUAGAAGAAAGAGCACGCAAGCAGAGAGAGAAUAUAAAAGGAUACAGAUACAGAUGGAUACUCUGGAAAGCAAUGUGAGGAUGGAAUGCAAGCAGGCAUUUGCUGAACUACAAACCGAUAUGACUGACUUGACCGCUGACUUGGAAUCAUCCGGCAUUCCGACUCUGGAUCACAAGAACUAUAUUAUGAAAGUAUUUUUUCCUGGUGUCACGCAUCAUCCCAUAUUGAACGAUCCUAGAUCACGUAGUAAUGUGUCUCGUACGAAUUAUGAUGCUGCCAUGAUCCAGUUUGAACAACUGAUCAAUAAUAAGUAUUUCGUAUUAACGUUUAUCGAAACCUUAGAGGCUCAGAAAGACUUUAACAUUAGGGAUAAAGUGAACGUUGCAUCGUUACUCAUGGUCGUACUGAUGGGUAAGAUGGAAUACGCGACUGAUAUACUCAUGAAUCUUUUAUUAAGACUUAUCGAGAAGGCGGUAAACACGAAGCAUCCUCAGCUGAUGCUUAGAAGGACCGAGUCCGUGGUAGAAAAGAUGCUAACCAACUGGAUGGCGCUUUGUAUGUACAAUUACCUUAAGGAUUACGCAGGUUCCUCUUUAUUUUUAUUGUUCAAGGCAAUAAAGCACCAGAUAGAAAAGGGUCCUGUAGAUGUGAUUACCCACGACGCUAGAUACUCGUUAUCCGAAGAGAGACUGCUCCGUGAGCAGAUCGAGCACAGCGUGGUCACUCUGCACGUCGUCCAAGAUGAUCUCGAUGAGAAGAUUCAGUGCAAGGUGUUAGAUUGUGAUACUAUAAAUCAAGUGAAGUCCAAGAUCCUAGAUGCUCUCUAUAAAAAUACUCCUUUCUCACUGAGGCCGUCCGUUCAUGACGUAGAUUUGGAAUGGAGACACGGUAGAGGCGGGCAUUUAACUCUUCAAGAUGAAGAUCUUACGUCAAAGUGUAGCGGCGAAUGGAAAAAGAUCAACACAUUGGCGCACUACGGUGUGAAAGAAUCAGCCGUGAUGUCAUUGAUUCCUAGACAGAACGACGGUUUCUCCGUCGCUUGUAAACCACCAUGUCAUAACUGUAAACCAUCACAUUAUCAUCAUCAGCAGCAGUCCAUCCACCAUCAUGCACAUCAUCAUCAUCUACAUCGUCAUGCGAAUCAUUGUUCGUCCACGCAUCUUCCAUCCACGCCUAAUCACAAUCUAAUUAGUCCUGUAAUGUACAAUCAUCCUGUUAGCGGUUUAUACUUCGAAUCUCAACACUCGCCGCCGAUCAUAACGGCGAAUGGUGACGUAGAAAGUGGAGGCAAUCAACGAUUGUAUCAUUUGGUAAGGCCUAUAGAAGAAAGUCACUAUCCACCAGGUAUGGGUUUUACCAGUAGCAAGCAUCAUCAUCCAGAACGGACACAUAAAGCCAUCCCUGAAAUAUUCCUAACGAGAUUAUUAUCGACGAAAGGCACCGUUCAAAAGUUCGUCGAUGAUUUCUUGAAUACGAUACUAACAGCGAACGAAGCAUUACCUAGUGCUGUAAAGUGGCUGUUUGAUCUUUUGGACGAUGCUGCGAAACAACACGGGAUCGUUGAUCCCGAGGUACCGCAUGCAUGGAAGUCGAACAGUUUGCCGCUUAGAUUUUGGGUGAAUUUUAUUAAGAAUCCAGACUUCAUGUUCGAUAUUAAUAAGUCCACAACGGUCGACUCAAGCCUUUCCGUAAUAGCGCAAACGUUUAUGGACUCUUGUUCAAUGACGGAGCAUAGGUUGGGAAAAGACUCACCGUCAAAUAAGUUGCUCUUUGCUAAGGAUAUACCACACUACCGAGAAAAAGUGGGUCGUUUUUACACAGAUGUACAAAGACUGCCACAAAUCACUGAUCAAGAAAUGUCUAGUGCCAUGCAACAACUAAGUGCGUCACAUGCGAAUGAGUUUGAUGUGAUUGCAGCACUGAAAGAACUUUACAUCUAUGUCAGCAAGUAUUAUGAACAAAUUCUAGAGGCCUUGGAGACAGACGCGGGCUGUCGUAAAUUACAUCUAGCUCAUAGGCUAGAGAAUGUCGCCUGCACGCUCGAAGGAGAGGAAACCAGUGCCUGCUGACAUAACCUCCUCAUUGCCAUCCCAGGACCUGUCAAUCUCUCCAGAAACACUGACUAGUGCCUCCAUUUCAUGCAUCAGAUACACCUCGUUACAUAUGUACAAAUCUACACACCAUGUGAAUAACAAUGUCGUAAAAAAAUACGUGCGAUUUCGUUAAGGCUAGUCAGGCGAUAGUUUUUUUCUCAGGAUAAAUCAAUCCUGGCUGUAGUAUUUACGUCUAUAUGUCAUGGCCGUAUCGAAAUACGCUCGUACACACGUACAGAUGUUAGUAAAGUGGUAACAAAAGGAAAAUGGUGAACUCUAACCCUUAGAGGUAUCCUGAUCUGUUUUUAUUAAUAUUUAUAAUAAAUUAUAAGAAAAUGACGAAGGGAAUCUCAAUGCAAUUGGUGGAAUCUUCGUUAAUAGGAGAUAUAGUUUGUCGUAUGAUCGAGAAAUUAUAUUUCCAGUAACACAUGUUUUAAAGAUUUGUGCAGAAUUCGUGCAAAAAAUAUUAUUAGAAAAAGAAAAAAAGGAUAAAAAUUAUUGAUUUCAACUUCAUUGUUGGCCGAAUAUCUAUACGUGUAUACGUAAUGCAUCUAAUGAAGAAAGAUAACAUGUGUAAAGUUAAGUGAGAGAAAAAGCCAUAGUGUCCACCAGACUGUCUGUACGAAGAGAGUACGGCAGCAAGUAGUCUGUGAUCCGAGCACGAGUGGCUAUGCCUACUAUCUUCAUUAUGAUAUAUAUUAUUAAUAUGUUAUAUAUUAUAUAUAUACAUAAAAAAUAUAU